AUGCCCCGCGCGUUCCUGGUGAAGAAGCCGUGCGUGUCCACGUGCAAGCGCAACUGGAGCGAGCUCCCCGACGAGGAGCGCGGCGAGAUCUACGUGCCAGUGAGCCUGGGCUUCUGCCCCCCGCAGCCCUACUGUGAGCCGGAGCCGUCGGUGGCCGAGCCCCCUUCCUGCCCGCUGGCUUUGGACAUGAGCCUCCGGGACCCCGGCUACAGCGUGGUCCCCGGGCCCUGCGUGGUGGCCCAGCUGCCCUCGGAAGACCCCGGCCGCCUGGCGGAGACUCAGAGCCGAGAGCAUGGCUUCCUGCGCACCAAGAUGAAGGUGACCCUGGGGGACAGCCCGAGCGGGGGCGUCUUCACCUGCCACGUGUGCCAGAAGGCCUUCACCUACCAGCGCAUGCUGAACCGCCACAUGAAGUGCCACAACGACGUGAAGCGGCACCUGUGCACCUACUGCGGGAAGGGCUUCAACGACACCUUCGACCUCAAGAGGCACGUGCGCACCCACACAGGCGUGCGGCCCUACAAGUGCAGCCUGUGCGACAAGGCCUUCACGCAGCGCUGCUCGCUCGAGUCGCACCUCAAGAAGAUCCACGGCGUGCAGCAGAAGUACGCGUACAAGGAGCGGCGCGCCAAGCUGUACGUGUGCGAGGAGUGUGGCUGCACCUCCGAGAGCCAGGAGGGCCACGUCCUGCACCUCAAGGAGCGCCACCCCGACAGCCCGCUGCUGCGCAAGACCUCCAAGAAGGUGGCGGUGGCGCUGCAGAACACGGUCACCUCCCUGCUGCAGGGCAACCAGCACAUCUGA